AUGCUUCAGCGGACUCUGGUCCUUGCCUCUUCGACAUCGGUGGCGGCACUCGUGCCCUCAACCUGGAAACAUGCUCCAUCCGGGUGGUUUCUUGUUCCCCAGUCCACUGUUGCGGAACAUGAGGAGCUGCGUGUGGCCAAAUUGUUUUCGUUCAUGAAUCACGCCGCACAGUACACUUUUUUAGGGCAAGUUAUGGCUCUCGCAGAGGAGAUUGAUUGUAUACCACGUCUUGAGUGGUUCUUUGCUGAGCUGUAUUUUAUGCUGCCACCAACUCCAACUGCCGAACUUCUAGCGUGUUACAUGAAUGACCAAGAACGCCUUCGCUGCGGUUUGCGGAAUCAAUCGGUCAGAACAAGUUCAUCAGGCAUUGCCUGGAGUACCGAGUUGCAUCACCGUGUGGAAAAGCGUGCCUUGGAGGAUUUUUGUUGGCUCUUGACCGAUGACCAACGAAGGACGCAAAAGUUCCUGCAAGAGACUUACGUUCAGUGGCACCACCGGGCGGACUACCUCGUCACAAGGAAGAGUCGUGAAAAGAAGGAGUUUCGGCAGGAUUUAACGCUGCAUCAAGUCAUACAAGAGGGUCAAGAGAGGAAAAGGCGAAUGCAACGGCGGCGAUCGAGACUUGAGGAACGCCAAGAAAAUAUAGCAUCAGGCAAAGAGAGUGAGUGGGACAAUUUCACCCACGAUGUACUCCCACGAGAACUACGAGAGGCACUGGACCGCGAGAGCGAUGGUAUGGAAGAUGUGCGUAUCUCUCGCGCCGGGACUGCCACGGGGGGGUGGAACCGCGGCUAUCGCACGCAUCCCAACUUUCGGUGA